AUGGAUCAGACCAUAUUAUUUACGCACAUCCUUCAGCGUCUGGCUGAGAUUGGAUCGCGACUUACUGACGUGAAUGCGUCACUGGAAGAGGCCCAUCGUGGAGUUGCAGAGUUGGACGAUCACCACCACCGUCGUCCUUCGGUAUCUCUGGCAACGGACCUCACACCGACGUCCUCAAGGCAAAAGCAAGCGGGUGCGUUAGGAUCAACACCCCGGACUGACUCUUUUGAGGAGAGACUACGAAGCAUAAAUCAGAAGAAAAAAUCUUCCUUCGACGACUUCACGCUCAAUAUCACACAAGAGCGUAUAUUAGCUGCAAAGGCGUCUGCACCGGAUUCGUUGGGAGUGGCAUCAUUUUCGGGGCUUUCCUCAACCACUGGAUUGUCCUCGAGUGGUUUCAGUAGAAAUGCGAGUGGUCAACGUCCGGCUUUGUCAAUCACAAUCCCUCAGCCGGGAAGCGCCUCUCAUAGCACCGCUACAACUCCCGCUUCGUCCCGACUAGAUUCGCCUCUGUCAUCCCGCAAAACUGGAGCUCCAUGCAGCAACAGCGCGUCAUCAUCCCGUCCACCACAAUCAGCACCUUCUACUUCUGCUUCUACGCCACCUGUCCGUUUGGCUGCUCCACCAACAGCACCGGUCAUUGCCUAUCCUCCAAAUUUCUCUGUUCCUCCUCCCAAUUUCCCGAUAACUCCUUCUUCUUCUGCUUAUGCUCCCUCAUCCACGCCCGAUUCUCAAACAUCACCAAUUCUUUCUGCUCCUCCUCCUCCACCGCAGUUGCCACCAACUAUGCAGGAGAAUCGCGACGGCUCAUUGUUGAAGAGUCCGACAAGUGUUUCUGGACAUUGUCCAACGUCUAGAAUAAACCUAACACCAUGCAAUAGCACGAGGCCGGCGUGCACAGCUACGAACUCGCCACAUAAUACUUCGGUGCUUUCGUCUAGUCAUCCUCAUGGAACGACGAACGCUUCGCAGUACUCAUCACAGACACCUACGCAGACGCAUCCGCAUCAAGUAACGUCACUUCCUAUGGGGACACCGAAGGUGCUGUUUGGCGCUAGCAAAACUUGCUUGUCUCAGCGCAGUGGCAAUGAAAAGAACCCCCCUCCUCGUCAUGAUUCUAUGUCUGCCCUAAAAUCACCCGUGUCUGGUUCUUCCUCCUCGUUGACUGGUAGGUCACUCUCUGUAUCAGAUUCGCGAAAGUCAUCGGUGACUCCUGUUGUCCACAAG